CUAAGAGUCCAAAAUCCUUCAUGCCAGUGAACAAAUGAUGACAUUUGAAGACAGAUAAAAGGCAAGUCCUCCCUUCCAUCGAGCCUGCACAGUCAAGACAAGAUGGAGAGACUCUUCCUUGUAAUGGUGAUGCUUGCAUCGUGUGGUGCAGCACCCACAGAUCUUUCGGGCAAAAUGUUUGUCUUCCCCAAGGAGACCAAAACAGAUCAUGUCAAACUGUUGACAUCCAAGUCAUCGUUGGAUGCCGUGACGGUCUGUCUCAGGUUCUUCACAGACCUCACCAGGAGCUACGCGCUCUUCUCCUUGGCGACGCCCGCACACAGCAACGACUUUCUGCUCUUCAAGAUGAACACGGACGAUGUCAUCUCCAUGGAAGCUCGGGACAGCAGCACACGCUUCCUGUCCCUGUCCUUCCCCCCCAACUCCUGGCACUCCAUGUGCGCCACCUGGAAUUCCCAGAACGGUGUGGCGCAGUUGUGGGUGGACGGCAAGCAGACCGUGAAGAGGUUCAUCCACUCGGGGCAGCCCAUCAGCGGUGAAUUCUUCCCCAUCCUGGGCCAAGAGCAGGACGCCUACGGUGGAGGCUUCGACGCCACUCAGUCGUUCAUCGGGAUGAUCUCCCGGCUUCACGUGUGGGACUACGUGCUCUCUGCCGCUGAGAUCCGACGCUACGUGGAGGACGCCAACUUCAGCCCGGGCAACGUCUUCAACUGGAGAGCUCUGGACUAUGAAAUCGUUGGCAGUGUUUUGGUGGAAGAAGAGAUCCUGUAGCAGCGUGAAGGGAUGGCGGCAGUGUAUGGAGUGGGCCGCAGCAGCUUGAGAAAAAUAAAGAUCAACAGACCA